AUGUGUCAGCGAUGGCGUACAAAAUUCUUCGAGUUGUCCCAGGAUUCAGGGUUGAAACGAGCGACGGAGAGACCUGGACUUGCACGGCUUGCCUCGGCCGUAUCCGACGUUCACUCUCAACUCUUUUCCCCUCAUAGCCACCAACAAUCCCAGGACCGAACAGAUGACCCUCUCGGGCUGGUGGUCCUCCACAAACCAUCCAAACGGACCGUCGACAUUCUUUUCAUCCACGGACUGGGGGGCUCAAGUUUACGAACCUGGUGCCGCGAUGGAGACCUCCACAAACUCUGGCCAAAGUUAUGGCUUCCUCAACUCAUACCGACGGCUCGAAUCUUGUCGUUCGGCUACAAGACGCACUUCUCGUCUAAGACGGACACCUCAUCCCUCUCAAUCAAGAAUUUUGCUGGAGACCUUCUGCAUCAAAUGAAACAUGGCGAAACGACCACUGAGCGGCUCGGUCAGGUCCCGAUCAUCAUCGUCGCUCACUCGAUGGGUGGCCUGGUGUUCAAAAAGGCCCUCGUUCAAGGUUACGAGACAGAUGAAUUUGCAGACUUGGUCUCUAUGAUCAGGGGAGUGCUCUUUCUCGCGACUCCCCAUCGAGGAAACCGAGCUGAGCCUCGGAGCCGGCAUUUAUUCCACUCUGUUUUGGGCCACUCGCCCAUGGAUUAUGCUAUGGAGUUGACCAGAGGAAGCCCAACAAUUGACGACCUGAGCGACUUGUUCCGCCACCACGCUUCCACGUUGCAGAUCUUCUCAUUUUACGAGACGUUGGCCGCUUCCAGGGGCCUGCUUUCACGUAUGAUCAUUGACAAACGGACCGCCGUCUUGGGGUACCACAAUGAGACGCCAGUCCCCCUCAACGCAGAUCAUCAUAAUGUCUGUAAGUUUACCAGCCGCAGAGACUCAAACUAUAUCUCGGUUAUGGGGGCUAUUCGCAGCAUCGCGGAAUCUGUCUCUUUGCGGAAGGAUGAAACUUUAAAGCCCGAUCUUGAGCAUUUGGGUCAUCUGUUGGGGGUUACGGGAAUUUCGGAGGAGGAUCUUCUCCGCGCCCGCUCAAUACGAACACAAGGGACCUGUGAAGGCUUUUUCACGAGCGAGGAAGUGGUGGCCUGGCUAAAGUCCGACGCAAGCCAGAUUCUGUGGUUGAACGCCCAACCGGGUGGCGGGAAGUCGAUUAUGUGUUCCUUUGCAAUCGAACGCCUUCUCGAAAUGGGUGAAGAUUGCUCUUAUUACUUCUUCAAGCAUGGAGAGCGAACGAAACAGUCGGUCAGCCACAUGGUGCGGUCCAUUGUGUACCAAACUGCCCUCCAAGUGCCCGAUUAUCGCAGCGCUUUAGCGGAGCUCGGAAAAGCAGGAGUCAGGCUCUCCAAUGCAGACGCUUCGACGGUGUGGGAGAGGUUGGUGGUGAAGGUGUUUGCGAAGAUCAAGACAACAAAACCUGUGUAUUGGGUGCUUGACGGUCUUGAUGAGUCCGGAUCGGCAGGAAAUUUCACCAGCCGUCUCCGGAUUCUAUUAGCCAGACAGGCAAUUGAAGUCGUGGAGAUGAGAUUGCCCGAUACUCAAGCCGAUGUUCGCCAAAUGGUGGCAAAAGUGAUCGACAACAUGCCAUCUGGAGAGGAGUUCAAGUCGAAAGCCAUCGACGAGAUCACGUCAAGAUCUCAAGGGAACUUUCUCUGGGCUACCUCGGUCACAAAACGGGUGGUACGAUGUCUCAAUGAAGACGGCAUCCGACAAGUCCUCGAAUCAACGCCAGACGGCAUGUGGGGAUUAUACGAUCGUAUGACAGACGUGGAGCUUUCUGAGAUUCUCCUGAUAUGGGCUAUGUAUGCCAGAACCCCGAUUUUGGUGCAAGACCUUGUUGAGCUCCACGCCGUUUACCAAGUAUUAGAUGCGGAAAGCGGAAACCACGAACUAUUUAGGAGAUGUAUGGCAACGCUUUGCGAUAUGGGCCUGAGACGUAAGCUCAAGAUGUCCAACAUUCCUCGGUUUGUGUCAUAUGCCGCUACCUCAUGGGCAACGCAUCUCGAGCAUUGCUCCCCAGAGGCCGAUGACGUUCUUGACUCGUUGGUCAAAUUCUUCAGUGGCCCGUACCCGCUUGCUUGGAUUCAAUAUCUCGCUAUGACUGGCCAACUCUCGGAGCUUUUUGGCAUCUCCAGGAGACUUUCUUUCGGCCGACCUCUUUCAAAGUCCCCAACGGCCAUCUAUCAUUACAUUCCCGCACUUAGCCCGACGUCCUCGAUUAUUCAUCAAAGCUUUUCCAAGAAUCCAAUCUCCACCUUGUCCGUUUCCGGGAUCUCAAAUGAGGAAUGGAACGACUGCAUUGCCCGCGUGUCCGGGGGUUCUGGACGCGCCCUACGCUUGGCCACCUCCAAAUUACACCUCGCGGAUUGGUCGUUGUUAGCGUCAGUUUCGAAUCCGAAUCAGGAACGAGCUAUUGAGCUCAAGUUUCGGGAUGACGACAGUCUCGCUAUGGUUUCCGAUUCUAGGAGGGUUUAUCAGCUUUUCCCGGAAGAGGUGGCACCAUCCGCUGCAUGGGUGCAGAUGAGCCCGGCAUUGCUUCAAGAGCCAGAAAUGUUCUGUUCACCGUCUUGCGUGGCAUUUGACGCGAACUGUGCUCAAAUGGCUAUGGCUUACCCCUCGGCCCCCCUUUCGAUAUGGACCGUGGAUCCCCCCAGGAUGAUAGCACAAUUCAACUACAAGACCAAACGCGGCCAAGGUCUUAUGAACUCAGACACAGGGAACAACAAAGUAGUCUGGCAUCCGUCGGGAACAGAAGUCAUCGGGAUCUGCGGGAGGGUCUACAAAUGGAAUUACGCCACCGAUGAGUACAGCGAGAUCAAGGAUGACACGGGUGCUGUCCCCAAUGGGAUAUCUUGCAAUGGCCUCCGACUAUACGACUUACGUGGCGCUUACUGCCACAUCUGGGAACCGAAUUGUCUGUUGCGAAUAGCCGGCGCCGAGGAGGAACAAACUACCGACGUGGACAGCAUUGUCGCUGACUUUUGGUCUGAUACGGUGGACAUUCCCAGGACACCAAUUUCCCUCCCGGCCUCGGAGAGUCAGGUUGAAAGCCGCCCAGCCAGCACUUCAAUCGACUGUGGGCGUACUCUUGCCGGAUUACUCAUUGCUCACGCAAACGACGACGGCUCCAUUAACAUUUUUGAUUCGGUCAGCAACCGAAAACAAGAGGUUGACAAGGCCAUGCCCAGAAGAAGAGAUCGACUGGCUUACUCGGUCUUAGACGGUGGCGUUGUCGUUCUGAGCGUCCGUUUGGAGUACGAAGACGACCGGGCCGUCUCGACAGAGAUUUUGUAUGCGGAGAAGCAGGCAUCGACUCAACGCGGUCGAACCACCCAGCUUUUGUUUGACAAGAGUGGUUCUCGGCUCCUGAUUUGCGGGGUCAAGAUGUGCCAAAUUUUGAGCAUACCAGACAGAAGAGUUGUGGCGGAGUGUCAAUCUCCAAGUGCCGAAGAACCCACGAAAUGGCAGCAACACCCCUCGCGACCGGACCGCCUUUUACGCCUCUCGGCCUCCUUGGCCACGACACAUUCUUGGGACGACCUUGAGCCAAAAGAUCAAAUUCCAUUGGGCUUGGCCGGCACUGUGCCUGACGCAGUGACCGACAGUGCGGAUUCUCCAACAGUCCUAGAUGCCAUUCUUGACAGUCACUCCCCUCACCAUCUACUCCUUCGGACGUCAACCGUACGCCAGAACCGCCGAUAUUACGGUUUCGCCAUUCUGCCUACAACAUCGAUGUACGCCGAAACACCAACCCACUCGGACUCCUUGCCACCAACCGCAAUCCAACCACAGCCCAUUUCACCAACUGUAUCCGAAGCCGCCGCACAUCCUCUCGGCAUUCUGCCAGACGGACGGUUUUUGUUUCUCGACCGCCAGCUUUGGGUGUGUACCAGCUUGUUGUCUCACUUUCUAGGAGAUCCCGGAUUGCUCUCUACAAAGGACGCAGCGACGAUAACACGCCACUUUUUUAUCCCUCAUGACUGGACAGUUGUACGGAUCGCUUAA